GAAUCCUUUGAAGCCUGUUUUCAUAAAUCCGUCAGGCCGCUGCUGAUAGUGUCUGCGUUUAUGAUUGUCUUCACCACUGGUCUGUGUCGUAUUGGGGGUUUUAUCGGAUGUUCCUUCAUCAUGGAAAGGAACAUGGUAGACGACUACUGCCUGGUUGGACACGUCUUCGCUAAUUUUUCAGCCACAGGAGUGACGGAAUGCUAUAAAACAUGCCAAACAAACUGUCGGUGUAUUUCGUUCAACUUCCUAAAAAGUAUCAACCAGAGCAAUUGCCAACUGAAUGAAGAAAACAGACAUACAAAGCCCGGUGCAUUAAAGCCAAUGAAUGGAUCUCAGUAUUACGAUCUUGUCACUGACUACAAAGUUACGGUGAGACAUUGUCUAUGAUUUUUUAAGCAACCAGUAAUUAUUUAUCACGGGGGGGGGGGGGUAGGGUAGAGGAAGAGGGUGUGUCACGAUAAACUUUACCAGAUCCCCGUUUUAUACGCUAUUUGCAACGAAUGAUCACACCUCCAUUUCUCCUGAAACCAUGCGAUCCCCACAAAAUCUUCCGUCUCCACUCCCCCCUCACGCCUUUUCUUUUUUUGCCUGGAUUACAUGGAUCUCUGGAUCCCUGGAUGAUUCAUUGAUUCAUUAUUCAGUCCAGGCCUUAGACAGUUUUGUGUACACCAUUUCCUGUGAUACGAUUGGUGUGGACAAAACCAGAACAAACUAAUGUCGAAGCCAAGCUUUUUCUGUGCUUUAUCAAGUGAACUGGAUCCCAAGGGCCAUAACUAUCAGAUACAAAAAUACGGAACUAAAAUGUGGGCCAUUUGGAUCGUAACACCAAGUUUCAUGACGUCAUGGUACAGAAAAAAACUGUAUAUGACCCGGAAUGACAGAAUUACUGGAUUUUUUUGCUUUUAACACGUGUAGAUACUCUUUUAAAAGCUUAGAUGUCAUGUAUUUUGUAAAGUUUUGGACAUCAAAUCGCAAGUAUAAUGUUCUUACUUUGUACACGGAAUCAUGAGGGCAUCAAAUAAAUGCAAGAAAAGCACAAUUAUAUAUACCCUCUCCUCUAGACGGCAGGUUCAUCAUGUCCUUGUACCCAGUGCUCUAAUAAUUGUUGCAGAGAUCAGCCAUGUCUUAAUGGGGCAACAUGCCUGGAAAACUGUGAGGCGACCGGGAAAAGAUUUGUCUGCAACUGUGAUCCAGAGUUCACAGGCCAGUUUUGUCAAACCGUUGGUUAGUUAUCUCAGAUUUUAUAAAUAGACUGUAAAUUAUCUCACAGAAGUGAAUUUAAUGUUAAAAUUAAGCUGUAACUUGGUAAUUUUCACACCUUUAUUACUGUGAAUGGGUGACUGAGACCUUGGGGUCUAUUCACAGAGGGUUUAAACUCUAUAUAAGAGGAUACUACUAUAAAGCUUUGAAUGGCAGUUUAGACUCCACUCUGCAGUAGUGGCUUGAGAUCUCAGCUAAAAAUCGACAAGAACGGCCUGAUAUCGCUACCAGAGAACAGAAAUAUCAUAAACAACAUUUCAAAAAAGGUUAAAGCUUAUUUGCAAAACACAAACUAGUGAUGCAGCAUAUAUAACGCUACACCAUAUCACGGGAAGCCAAGCUAAAAAAGUAAAUGCUAUUCGAUGCCUUAUUCCAAACGUAGUUUUUGUCAAAGAUUGGUGAUCUCUAGACUUGUGGGAUCAUCAAAAUCAGAACCAAAAUAAACAUUACUUAUUGUCCAUGCUUUUCCUUAUAAACACAGCCAAGUAUUGAGAACUCGCUCUCUUAGCUUUAUCGUCUCUCGGUAAUAAAAUUAACAACGCGCUAAAUAAUUUGGUUGAGUGAUUUAAAAAUUCCCUUUCUCUCGAAAAUGUUCACAAUAAGUGUAGUCAGUUUAGAAAUAUGUUCACCACAGUAGUUAUUGGAAAGAUAUAGAGCAUACAAAUGAUUGUUGUCAAGUGACAAUAGCGAAAUGAUCGUUGUCAAGUGCACGCGUCUCUAUAACCAUUUACCAUUAGCAUGACAACAAGAAAACAAUGGUGUCAACUCAGUGAGCGGAAUUUCAAAGACGCUCAGCUACGCUCAAAACAUGUUAUAGGCCGGUAACUUAACUUUUGACGAUUAAGAGACAAAGACGAGAAAAUAAUUCACAACUUACCACAAAAGCGUUGCAAGUUAUGAAUACUCUAGUGGAACUAGACUGAAAGUGUUUCGUAACUAAAUUCCCUAAGAACCCUGAUACAAUUUCUUAGAUUGACUAAUUAUAAUCUGCAACAUGUUUGCGAAGAGUUAAAAUCGAUUAGUUUGAAUUGGGGGAGUAACAGUAGUAAUAGCGCAACAAUUGUGUUUUUAAAUAACACGAAAGACGCUUUUGUUUUCUUAUACUUUUAAGACAUUCAAUAAUUUUAUCAUGACAAUUUAACCCUCCCAACAGUUUAUUGAUAUUUCGAACAUAAUUGUAGUAGCGGCAGUUCUUCGCUGCAGGUAAGCUACUUUCCCCGCAGCGGUAUGUGUAUUGACCAGAGUGCUUUAUUCAUUGUCGCUUUAUUAUGACAAAAAGAGGACUUCCCCUAGACGAAGUCUUCUUCCAUGGGAAUGACAAAUACACAGAAACAAUUUAGCGGUGCCGUUGGAUUGUUGUACACGGUUUUUGAUAAGUGUUAUUGAGACCUGCAAGGAAAAAACAAUAUCAGUCGCAGAAAAAGGGAGAAUUGGGUUUAGGAACAUGACAUUAUCGAAAGACGUUGGUCACCAUCCCUUGAUUUUUAAAUGUGAGUGACUUAAAGCGAUAAUAAUGGGUUAGUUUGGUUGUGUCUUAAGUAAAUGUGUGUAUUCUUUUCCAGUUGAACGUUGCCUCGUUGCCCUCGGUAUGGAAACUAAACGAAUCAGAGAAGGGCAAAUCAGUGCCUCUUCAGAAUACAGUGCUUCAAAUAUUGCUUCUUCCGGGAGACUACGGUUGCCAAGAACUUGGAUAUCUCAGGUCAAUGACAUCAAUCAAUGGCUUCAGAUCGAUCUGAUGACUAAUCUGUACGUUAGCGUGACACGUGUAGCAACGCAGGGAAGAUAUGAUUGGGACGAGUGGGUGAUUAAAUAUCAUCUGCUGUACAGCAGUGAUACAGUUAACUUUCAGUACUACAGAGACCAAGGACAAAGUGAAGACAAGGUACCAGAACCAUAUUGAUGUUGAUCUUUUCCAUGACUCGUAAUUGAAAUUGACGUUCAAAUCAGUUGAUAGGUUCGUAAGGUGGAUAAAUCUAUAUAUCCACUGAGUAAAUCCCUCUCCGGUGGGUCUCACUGAAGGCUUUGCUAACACUUAUCAGCUGGAUAGCAAUUUAUCCGUUGGAUAGCGUUAUCUGUCCUUUAAACAACUGAGCUCUGUGUAAUUAUGUGAAGAUUAGGGAAGAGUGAACGGAAAACAAAAGGCCUUUCUAAGAUUUCCAAAAAGUUUAAUUUUUUUCUUUUUGCCGGGGGGCAAAAGCGAAUUCGAACCAUGUACAAGGGAGAGAGGGUAACUCACCCAUAUCAUAGUAGUCCAAACACACGGUGCGUGUCCAAGAGCUAAAGACCACCUGGUCCAUUAGUUGAAAACAAUACUGUAUUCUUAGAAUGCGCGCGCGCUUACCCGCCUGAUUAGGCGAUUUUUACGCGCAAUGGAAAAUGCGCCGUGCAAUACUGAGGAAUCACUUUAAGAUAAGCAUUUUUUUCUCCACACUUGCAAGAUUUUUCCUCAAUAGCGAAUAGUGUCUCUUGUGCUUCUUUUACCCGUGGCGUGCUUACGUGGAAAAUGAAUAGAACACGUGUGAGCAAAAUUUUCUUUUUCUAGAUCAAGUUCCUUCUAAGAUUACGGCAACAGAUUUGAAAUAAAAAUAUCUGAAAAAGAAAUAACCUUGGAAGAAAACCUGGAUGGGGAAUCCAUUAUCUCAGAUUUAUGUUGUCUUGGCUUAGGGAAUAAGGCCGUUAAUAACAGUUUUAUCCUUCCGAUGUGUAUAGGUUUUUUCUGGAAACUCCGAUCGUCACAGUGUAGUGCAACAUGACUUGAGCCCAGUCAUUAAGCAACGUUACAUCCGUUUUCGACCUCUGACUUGGAAGGGAAGGAUUGCAAUGAGGGUAGAGCUGUAUGGCUGCCAUGGUAAAUAUAUUUUGUUUUGAUCAUAUCCAUAGCGAAAAAUUUUGCCUUUUUUCUUGUAAAGCGCUGUGAGUUCCAGUGUAUGAGUUCAAGUAACAAUCGAUCCUCGUCAACUUGAAGUAAAAAGCCUACUCCGUGAUGGAACGGUUCCGGAAACGCGAAAGGAGGUCAUUCUCUAAGAAGAUCUCUUCUCUUUCCAGAUGAAUGUGUCACCUUUGUCAUAAUAGCAAGUCAUAAAUGAGCACUGAAGUUGUAUCAAAGCAUGCAAUUCCUCUUUCUUCAUGAACAUCAAACGUUUCUCGAUAGUUAAAUUGUGUCUACAUACUCUCAUUUAUGAAGCCCAUCGACCAACGUAAGCGCUAUUACUUUUAAAAAUCAAUACCGGAAUCUGACUUAUCUGACUUACUUCAAUUUUCUUGACCAUUCAGAUUGUUUUGAAGCCCUCGGUAUGGAAAGUAACGCAAUUUCUGACGUUCAGAUAACUGGUUCUACAGAAGUUAAUAGUAAUUACGCCCCUCCACUCGGCAGACUACAUCUGCUGCCUGCAGUACGGGGAUUAUGUGGAGCUUGGGCCGCCGCCGGUGGUGAUACCAACCCUUGGCUACAGAUUGAUCUGAUUAAACAGAACACUAAAGUUAACGGUAUAGCAACUCAAGGAAGGCAUGACGUAUCCCAUUGGGUGACAAAGUAUUCUUUGCUUUACAGUAACGAUUCACUUUCCUGGCUCUACUACAAAGAACAAGGAGUGAAAAAGGUCGGGCCAGAUUCGUCUGCUUAUACGGACCUUUUGUAAGAAAGUUAAUUGACAGCUAUUCGUGGAUGGUGAAGUAAAUAUUGUUAAAUUUUCCCUGUGCCGAAGUUGAGGGAAUUAUUUAGCAAUAUCUACUGCAUGAGCAUGAGGCAAAAAGUUGUUUUAGGAAAAUCUAAAUUCAUUUUAUUUUUUCGCUUCCACUUGCCAUGUAUCAAAGAACAGAUACAUGGAGUCAGCGGUUAGAUCACAUAAUCAAUCUAUAAAUUACACAUGACAUAAGCGAAAAACUGAUUGUGUUAACGUGCUUUUACGAAAAAAGGGAAGCUUAAGCAGGCUUAAAAUAUCUCAAAAGAGGCCAAUUGCAGCCAAUCAGAUACAGAACGUUAAAUACCUCUGCUAUGAUCGUCUCACAUCAUCUCACAUGACCAAUCAGAAUGCACCAUCUACAUUAUCACCAAAGCAACAUGUCGUGCGUCAUUACAUUUGAAACCACACUUCAGGCUGUGGAAAGCUAUCUACAAAAUAUUACUAAAAGAUGAUAAAUAAUAUAAAAGAAGUACUUGUACAACAAGAAGGAAAAAUAUUUCUACGGAUGAGGAAAGUUAUAGUGAAAAGCAAAUGCUACACUUUGAAAUUUUAUGGUGAGUAUUUAUCGAUAAACAAAAUGCGACUGACAUCCUUAAAGAAAAAAUUGAGGACAACUCAGCCAGAAUCGAAGGUAUUUAGGGAAGAAUUAAUUUCCGUGAUUUUAGAGAGGAUUCCAUCAGCAAUUAAAUUCACCAUUUUACUUUUUUUUUCCAUUUUGCUCGCUCAGGAUUUUACAGGGAACACUGACCGACUUACAGUGGUACCACAUGACUUGAGCCCUCCAAUCACCACGCGAGUGAUUCGUUUUCAAGUUCUAACUUGGUACAGCUGGUAUGCGAUGAGGGUGGAACUGUAUGGUUGCCAUGGUAAUGAGUUUCUUACUUACAUUCAUCCUGCACUUCUCCAGAAUUCUUAGUUUAUAUCUUUGUUUCAGCUGAGAGUUACUUUUAAAGUUAUGUUAUUGACAAUAAUGCUUUUAACAUAAAAUUUUCUUUUCUUCGACCAGUGACUUGGGCAGGUUGUAAAGCAAAGGCAGAGAACUUGUACGGCUGUCAAAGUAAGUGUAAAACGAUGAUCAUUUUUAAGAAGCCGAUAGCCAUUUUGUGCUGAAAUUUUCCAUUAGUGUACCAGCCGAUCUAUCUAUAUAUACGACCGGGUAGAGAUUUGAGUUUCAGCAAAAGAAACGAGGCAGGAAAAAAUACUCACAAAAAUUACCAAAUACUAGUGUCAAGAAUUAAAUUAAGACUUUAUUUAAUAAUUUCCUUUUCUGAGAAAAUAUCCUUCUAACUUGCUUAAAAAUAAGUUUUAUUACAAAGGCUUAACGCACCUAGCAAUAAAGGGCUGAUGUAGAUUUACGUGGUUCUCUAAAUUUAUUCUGUACAACAUAAUAUAAAAUGCAAAUAAUCGGUUCAACAGUAACUUCAAAUGCAAUUUAAUUCAUCGUCUGUGGGAUAAGACAGCGAAAUAGCUUUGAGAAGAUAAUGGCAAUUUGACACGCCAUCUCGCAUACUAUGGCAAUGGUGCAAGUGGGAAAAACUUAGGAAAUUGUUACUUUUUUUCCAGAAUUUUAUUUGAAAACACUCUGUUUUAAUGGUCAGUACGCACUGUUUUGGAAGUACUUUUAGGAUCAAGAAGGAUUUUUUUUUUAUUAUUAUUAUUACCCCACUUACACCAGCAAAACAUACUUAGUUAACUGAAUGAAAGUAAGGUCUCAAUUAGUCACUAAUUUGCAUUUUCAAUGUAUCAAAUUUGAAGUCGACAAACAUCGAUUUAAGAAGCUCCUAUGGUGAAAAAAAAGUUAUAAACCGCAUCUAACAAAACAGCUUUAAAACAUGUUUUAAGCUUUGGUGUUAAUGAGGCAUAUGAUUGAUUUUAAUUGCCAGUUUGGAGAAGGGUUUAUUGAAAGUAUGUAUGUUCACUAAGAGGUAAUAAUCAUUUCGCAUCAUAUAGAUUGCAUGGAAGCCCUUGGCAUGGAGAGCUAUGCAAUUACUGAUUCGCAAAUCGGUGCUUCUUCAGAGUACAAUGGCAUUUUCCCUGCAGUUCGAGGCAGACUUCAUCUCAAGACCGUGCCAGGGUGGAGAGGUGACGCUUGGGCGGCUCAUCCGGGAGAUAGCACCCCAUGGCUACAGAUCGAUCUGAUUAAGCAGCGUAUUAAAACUGUCAGGGUAGCGACACAAGGAAGACACGACUUACCCCAAUGGGUGACAAAGUAUUCCUUGUCGUACAGUAACGAUACAAGUCAUUUUUUGUUCUAUAAAGAACAAGGACAAAGUGCAAACAAGGUGAGUGUCACCUAAAUUGACCGUUUUUACGACAUAAGCUGCAGUCUCUCGGGGCCUAAUUCUCUCAGUUUCUCAUACCAGUACUGACUUAUCCUAGUUUUGUUUGAUUCAUUUUUACCACAUCCUUAUGCUUUGAUGACCCAAACUUAAAAGGAUACUCAAAAUAGUUCCCUUUGCAAUUUUUUCCCUCAAAAACUUUAACUCCUCUGUCAAAGUAUUGUAUAGCAUCAGAUCAGUUUGCCUAGCUUUAUAGCAUGACAUGAUUCCUUUUUUUUUUAUGAUCGCAUGUCAGUUCGAGUCAUCGGGAACAUAAAAACAUAUUUGAUUAUCUAUUACUUAAUUAGGAAUUCAGUGGAAACACAGACCAGCGCACUGUUGUUUCACAUGACUUGAGCCCAACAAUCACUGCACGUUACAUCCGAUUUCUGGUUCUCACUUGGAAUGCCUGGCCAUCAAUGAGGGUGGAGCUGUACGGUUGCCAUGGUAAUGGAAAAAAUUUUAUUGCGAUAUUUUGUUUUAACACUUAAUCAUUUCAAAAUCAUUUGCAAAAUUAUUCUCUGAAACUGAUUACCUUGCGUUGAACAAAUCGAAUUUGAGUCUUCCUCCACAAAACAGAGGAUUAGGGCAUGUUUUCCCAACCUGACAUCUGUUGAGUUUGUUUUCAACAAACAUAAGACGUAGAAUAGUUAAAAGCAUGUAAUCUGGGGCUAGUGUUGGUGGUUGUUCAAAUUUGACAGAAAUCGGAUCAUGACCAAGCAAAAAUAUGGUCGACCAAUCAACAUCGCCGACGCUUACUAAAUAAUUAUUUCGAGCCCUGUAUCAGGAGAAGCUUCACGUUAAUCACUUUUAGGAGUUGAAAGGUUUGUAGAAUAGCAACAGUAACCCUCUAUUUUUGGCUUUGAUUAAUUAUGCACUUGAUUAGAUUGUCGUCGCGCUCUUGGAAUGAAAAGUGGUGAAAUUGCUAACGCACAAAUUAGUGCCUCUUCGGAACUCAAUCGUAUUCACGCCGCCAUUCUGGGAAGACUAGAGUCCAGGGUAGUUGGAGACAAGAGGGGUUCUUGGGUAGCCCCCCCGGAAGACCGUAACCCUUGGCUACAGAUUGAUCUGCUGAGGCAGGACACCAGGAUAACACUGAUAGCUACACAAGGAAGAUAUGACGCCGCUCAAUGGAUCACAAAGUACUCGCUGCUGUACAGCAAUGACACAAGUGACUUUAUAUACUACAAGGAACAGGGGCAACAAAAUGCAAAUAAGGUGGGUUGGUCCGACAGAGAAACAACUGAGAAUGUUGUAAAAUAUAUAAUGACGAAUGUGUCCGAAUACGCUGGGGCGUCUCCUUUACUCAAUCUUUUCAUGUGACCUGCACUGACAGCCCCGCGCAUACUAUUUCUGAACAGCAUCAUUAAACAAUCCCCGUAUUUGAGCCGUACAGCUGGUGUAAGUAGACCGGAAAUAGUUGUUCAGCCCGAUAGAUACGAGUUAAAGUAUAAGUAAAGAAGAGAGACAAGUAAGGCAUGUCAUAUGAUGAUCAAAUGAUAAUCGCCUGUCGCACAGGGCCGGACGUCGUUAAAUCGAACCACACAUUUCUAUUUCUCUGGCCCUCAGGCUCCCCUACUCAGUCAAUGAAUACAAUGCUCUUCAAAGUGUACCAGUUUUCCGUCCUGGGACCAAAAAAUUGUUUCUUUUGCAUUUUAGCAAGUACUAAAUUAAUGAAAUAAACGGAUUUUGAACGAUUUCUUUAUCUGUAAUGUGUCGAUAGUAAUUGCACUUUACUAGUUAUUUUCUGCAAGAACUAAAAUCAGUAUGUAACGAAAUGUAAGAACGUUUAUAUAUGUUGCAAGUAACGUAUUGCUUUGUCAAUAAUUACGAAGUGAAUAUAAAAUUUUCUUUAUCUGAUAAUACAAUUUAUUUUCUGCAAGAACUAAAAUCAGUAUCCAACGAAAUGUAAGAAUGUUUAUAUGAUGCAAAUAACAUAUUGCGUUGUCAAUAAUUACGAAAUGAAUGUAAAAUUGCCUUUAUCUGAUGAAUAUAAGUAUCGGUUAGGAUCAGGAUAAACAUGACAACAAUCUCUUUUUUUAUUUCAACCCUGAAGCAAUUUGCAGGAAACACCGACAGUCACACGGUUGUAUCACAUUUCCUUGACCCACCUAUCACGGCGCGUUAUGUUCGUUUUCAAGCUCUCGCGUGGUACCAAUGGGCAGCGAUGAGGGUGGAAGUGUAUGGUUGUCAUGGUAAUCUCAUAAAUUCCUAG